AGCACAUCGAGAGUUUUUUUUUGUUUUCAACAAAAAUAAAAAAGUCUGUCUUGUGAAAAUAAUUUCAGUGCGAUUUUUUGAGUGACGAUAACUAGUUGCUUGGGCAAUUUUGAUCUGACGACAUAAUGUCAUCACUAAACGGAGAAAUAAGUAAUAUAAAUUACACAAAUGGAGAAUUAUUGCGAAAUCGUGAUCGGUCUGGCAGCGUUUCAAGCUACGUCUCUAAAGUUCAGGUUGUUCUAGGAGCACAAUGGGGCGAUGAAGGAAAAGGGAAAGUCGUUGAUAUGCUGUCCGGAAAUGCGGAUAUCGUUUGCAGAUGUCAAGGAGGAAAUAAUGCAGGACAUACGGUUGUUGUUGAUGGCAAGGAAUUUGACUUUCACUUAUUGCCUUCAGGAAUUAUUAACGAGAAAAGCAUAUCUAUAAUCGGAAAUGGCGUUGUUGUGCAUCUCCCAGGACUUUUUGAAGAGCUUGCAAAGAAUGAGGCAAAAGGUCUCUCAGAUUGGCAAAAUCGAUUGAUUGUAUCAGACAGAGCUCAUUUGGUAUUUGAUUUCCAUCAGCAAGUUGAUGGUCUUCAAGAGGCCGAAAAAGGUGGUAAAUCACUUGGCACAACAAAGAAAGGAAUUGGUCCGGCUUAUAGCAGUAAAGCAACCCGAAAUGGAAUCCGAGUAGGUGAUUUGCUCGGAGACUUCAAUACAUUCAGUGAUAAAUUCCGCUCAAUUGUUGCAACACAUCAAAGACUAUUUCCUGGCUGUGCUGUCGAUGUCGACUCCGAACUUUCACGUUAUGCACAGUAUGCUGAAAAAUUGCGACCUUAUGUCAAAGAUACAAUCUUUUAUCUCCACUCAGCAUUGCGAAAUGGCAAGACAGUUUUGGUUGAAGGUGCUAAUGCGGCCAUGUUAGAUAUUGACUUUGGAACAUAUCCAUACGUAACAAGUAGCAAUUGCUCAAUCGGAGGCGUCCUUACGGGUCUUGGUUUGCCGCCAAAAGUUAUUGGUGAAGUAAUUGGUGUCGUUAAGGCAUACACAACAAGAGUUGGCGAUGGUCCAUUUCCAACAGAAUUAAAAGAUGAUAUUGGCGAUCUCUUACAAACACGUGGAGGUGAAAUUGGCGUCACAACAAAAAGAAAACGUCGCUGUGGAUGGUUGGAUUUGCCUGUUUUGCGUUACACUUCACUUGUAAAUGGAUAUUCGGCAAUCUGUCUGACUAAGCUCGAUAUUCUUGACACUUUACCGAGCAUAAAAAUAGGCAUAAACUAUAAAUUGCACAAUAAGACAAUUUAUAAUUUCCCUGGAUCAAUAUCGGAUUUGGCACACGUUGAAGUUGAGUAUGUUACGCUACCUGGAUGGCUGCAAUCGACAGCAAAUGUCCGAGAUUUCCGUGACUUGCCAGAAGCAGCUCAGAAUUAUGUGAGGUUUAUUGAGAAAGAUUUGGAUGUUCCUAUUAAGUGGAUUGGUGUUGGAAAGGGUCGUGAAUCGAUAAUUAAAGUCUAUUGAAACUCAGUGACUAAGAUACGCUUAUGCUAAUCCUAUUAAAUUGUCUUAUUUUUUAUAUACUUUUUUUUCUCUAAAAAUCGUCAAACCAAAAAUUUUGUUUCUUUAAUUUGUCUUUUUUUCUUUUCUAAAAAGCUAUUAAGUUUUACUUUUCUUUUUACAAAUUGAAACAUUUUUUUAAAUUAAGAUUGUCAAGCACUUUGAGAGCUUAUUGCUUUUUCUUAUAAAAACAUUUUUAUUAUAGGUAAUAUUUUAGAACAGAAAUGGGAUUUUUAAUAAAAAUCGCACAUACUUAUUGCUUAAAACAUACUUAAAAUAAUAACAGAUUCCAGUUUAUUAUGAGAGGAAUUUUUUUAAACAUGAAAAAUAUUGAAUAAUAAUGAUUAUGAGGAAAUGUUUGAGACAAACAAUUAAAGAAAUG